GUUUGUGAAAUGUAGCUGUUCUGUAUAGCAGCACAGACUCAGGCCUGAGAGCUGAUCAUGCCGUUGAAUCAACUUCAUAGCUGGCUGAAUGCUGUGGUCUUUGGACUCCUGCUUCUCCUCCUUCAUGUGCAGGGUCAGGACUCAUCAGAGACCAGCCCCAUCAGAAACACACACACAGGCCAGGUCCGAGGCAGCCUCAUCCGAGUGAGUGACACCAAAGUGGGUGUCCACAGAUUCCUGGGAAUCCCCUUUGCCAAGCCACCUGUAGGACCACUGCGUUUUGCACCCCCUGAAGCCCCUGAACCUUGGAGUGGUGUGAGAGAUGGGACCUCCUAUCCAGCCAUCUGUCUGCAAAGCCUUGAAAUGAUGAAUUCAUUGGGCCUUAAGGAUAUGAACCUGCCCCUGCCCACAUUCUCUAUGUCUGAGGACUGCCUGUAUCUCAACAUCUACGCACCAGCUCAUGCCCAUGAGGGCUCUAACUUGCCUGUGAUGGUGUGGAUCCAUGGUGGUGCUCUGGUCAUAGGCAUGGCUUCUAUGAAUGAUGGAUCCAUGCUGGCAGCCACUGAGGAUGUGGUGGUGAUCACUAUCCAGUACCGCCUGGGUGUCCUGGGCUUCUUCAGCACUGGAGACCAGCACGCCACAGGCAACUGGGGCUACCUGGACCAAGUUGCUGCCCUACGCUGGGUCCAGCAGAAUAUUGUUCACUUUGGAGGCAACCCUGACCUUGUCACCAUCUUUGGCGAGUCAGCAGGUGGCACAAGUGUGUCUUCACUUGUUGUGUCCCCCAUAUCCAAAGGACUCUUCCACAGAGCCAUCAUGGAGAGUGGAGUGGCCCUGUUGCCUGACCUUAUCUCUGACACCCAUGAGAUGGUCUACUCU